CAUCAGGACUUUUAGGUGACUGAGUUGUCAGCAUGUCUCAGGCAGGUAAAGUCCUCCACCUGUAUGUUGAGGUGAGGUCUGUUGCUGAGGAGGAAGGGAAGGCACUGGGACGAAGAGAUGAUGGGACUGGUCACUUGAUGCUUCAGUGCCCGGACAUCCUUCCUCACUCCCAGAGGAGCUCCACCCAAUCCAGUCCCAACCACAGUCCUGAUCUUUCCCCAGUCGCUCAGAAUCACACUCGAGGUGGGAACCACAGCCUGUCCCGUUCAAAGUCCGCCUCUAGGCACUCGGUCAGCUUCCAACUCCAAAACCCAGAUGCAACAGGAUCUCCCAGCCAGUUCCAUCAGCAGGAUACGCUGUAUGACAGUUUUGGUCAGUUACUUCAGGUCCUUGCACCUGGAAUGACCAGUCCAGGCCAGCAUGGCUCACUGGGACACACCCGUUCCUCUGAUACGGAUCCCUACCAGGGAAGGGUUCUUAUCUCCCCAUCCUCUACAUCCUCAGGGAGGCUGACUGUACCCUCCACACCCACAAACAACCAUAGAUCCUAUGAGGUCCCAGGGAUGGGGGGUGAGGAGGGCAAGACAUCUGUGGUAACCUUUGGCUACAUAGAGAAAGCUAAUGUUCAGAGCAUGAGCAGCAGGCGUACUUCUGUGUGCCAAAGUGAGUUGGAUAAUCCUCUUAACAGAAUGGAGGGGCAGCUGUUGCCUGCCCACCUCCGGAAACGUCUGAGUGACCCAGUGUGGUACAAUGGUCAGCCAGCAGAGGGAGACCCGUACCCCAACCACUCCUACCUGUCUCGGAAUCAGUCCCCACAGGGCUCGCCUUACCUGCCGAGGGCUACUCUGGAUUCGGUAGCCAGGGAUGCCACCUGCAAAGCCUUGGAGGAGUUUGGAACCCCAGAACUGAGGCGACGAUUUGCUGGUCUUGGCCCAGAAAACUGUAGCCCCACCCUGCCACGGCACAACCAGCCCCCUCGCUGCCGGUCCUGGGGGGGGUCUCCUGUCCUGCCCCGCAGCACCCUCACCCUGCCAUCCAAGGCCCAGCUCUUGGAGCUGGACAAGGGAAUCUCCCGUAGUUCUGUGAAUGGGCUACCCAGAAGCCCUGCCUCUGACCACCUGUGUGCCCACACUGCAUUCUCCUCCCAGUCCGUGUCUCCAGCGUCAGCACUUCGCUCACACGGCGUGCCCCACAGUCAGCAGAGGCCAUGGGUGGGGGAUGAGAGCCCCAGGUUGUCCAACAAAUUUCAUCCACCUUUACCUGCGGGGAGACCCACAGACAUACAGCAUGAGAUCCCGACUAGCACAUUCCCCACCAGCAACCAGUCUAGGGCUGGGAACUCCCAACACAGUGGUAAUAGUAGCUAUAAUGCUAACAUCACCAACACCAGUCAUAAUGCUACAGACAAUAUACAACACAAUGCUAACGAUAACUCAAACGUAUCCAACAAGAGUCACUACAGACUGUCACGCUGCAGUAGCAGAGCCAGUGAUGCAGUCAGCCCCACCAGUGGCAGGAGAAGUGUCGCCCCAUCCUCAAAUGCAGAAGUGGCCUGUAAGUUAGCUGUGGAGGCUACCAAACUGUCCACUGUUUUUGCAGGCAGACGGACUCCCUCUCCAACACCUUCGCAAGCUGAGUCACAGAGGUCAGAGAGUCCCAAGAUGGACGGGUCAUUCCUAAGAGAAUCCCAGCCAUACACUUCUCUUCAAGGGCAAAACUCCCCUGAACCUCUGCCGGUGGACAACCAGAGCCACAGAUGGAAAACAGACAAACUGAUGCCUCAAACCAGACCAGGACGUGUCUUACCCCUCGUGUCCCAGACUGUCCUCUCUUCACCAGUAUGUCCAACGUCACCAGCUAGGUUGCACCUAGCUGCCGCUUCUCAGUCGCCAAUUUUAGACCCACGGCAACAACGGAGUUCAUCAGCUAAUAAAGACAUGUCCUCUCUGCACCGCUACCAGCCACCACAGUACACCGGAGACCGCAAAUCACCUGGAUUGGAGCGAAGGCAGUAUGGUCACAUCUUUGAUGGAUCAUCCAGGGACAGCCCUGAACUCUCCAGGAGACUUCUCUUCAGCCAGAACACAGAAGCUUUGCCCCUGAGCUGGACCUCCAGGCACCAGGAGUGGAGAGAGACUGGACUAGCCCAGGACGGGGGCAAACUCUGUGAAGAAGAGUACAGACUGUCAGCAUCUCGAGUUUACCCUCCAAGCAAAGAGGAGAAUCAUAGGAUGGACAGAGAAGACAAAGGAGUUAAGAUGUCCGUGCAGGGGAGCCAGAGGUCGGUCGUAGGUGCUUCCAGGGAUCAGGGAGAGGAGGCUCCGGAUCACAGCGGGGCCGCUGGGACGUCUUCUCAGAGCUCCAGCGGGGUGACAGGCAGCAUGGGAGACAGUUCCCAGCUGGACAGAAACGACAGUCUGUUUCCCGAAACUUCGAGCCAGUCCAGCUAUGACACAGUGGACACCGGCUCUGGGAUACAGUCGGACAGCGGCUCUGCGACGACUCCGUCCUCACGAUCACAGAAGAUCGCUCGAGCCAAGUGGGAGUUCCUGUUUGGAGGCCCGACAGAGGAGAGCCGCUGUAGUAAAGCAGACGCCGCGUCCACAACGCCUCCGACCAGCGGCUCGCCCAGCCCCACCCCUCCCUCCUCCCUCCAUCUGAAGCCAGCCAAUCAGAGGAGGGGGCGGGACAGAGAGGGUCAAAAGUUGUCGCAUCACGAAGUGCGGCAGAUCGAGGUGGAGCUGGUGACCCCCGUCCCCCGAGGCACCAACCCCAAGACGGGCAUCAUCCGCCGGACCAUUAAGUACUCUGAAACAGAUCUGGACGCUGUGCCGCUGCGCUGCUACAGGGAGACCGACCUGGACGAGGUGAUGCGGGCAGCGGCGGAGGCAGCAGAGGAGGUGGAGGCGAACUCAGCCUUCAGGAGUAAUCACAGCGUCCUGAGAAACUCCAGCCUCAGCCCCGCUGACGCCUCCCCGAAACCCCGGACGGGUGGAGGGAAGGAGGGAGAUGAGGAGGAGGAGGAGGAGGAAGAGGAGGAGGAGGAGGAAGAAGGAGUGGUUAGCUGGGCCAGUGUCAGGAUGCAGGGAGACAAACAGAGACAGAGAGCCGCCAAAGAGGAGGACGAGGUGUUCAGUCUGCUGCUGAAGGGGCCCUUGGAGGCGUCUUCUGAAACCCACGGCGGCCUCAAGUCUCCAAUCUCCGUGGGCAGCCCCCGCCGACCCUCCGACAGCAACCUGGACUCCUUCAGCCGCCAUUUUGAAAGCAUCAUGGAGUCUCACCGAGCCAAAGGCACCUCGUACAGCAGCUUGGACAGUGUCGACCUGCUGACAUCUGGAUCCACGUCUGUGUUCACCUUCGACCUGCCAACCCUCACCCCAGAGAUCCAGAGUCAGAUCUGCGACAGCGCCAAGCAGAUCAUUGAGCUGAGCUUUGCCCCGCUGGCCCGUCCGGAUCCCUCCGGCCCCUCGGAGACGUCUCGCUCUGAAAUCACCCUCAGUGCCUCGGGGGCCGGGCUCCGAGGUGGUUCCAAAGACGACUCCGGCCCACCGGUCCGGUCCAGGUCGGAGAAGGAUUCUUGGCGUCGUUCCAUCCUCAAAGACAGCUUCCGAAAGGCCAGCUCUGCCCCCUCCCUCCACAGCGGCCCCCGGGAGCGUCCGGUGAACCGCCCGCCCGAGCUGCUCUACCCGCAGGCCGACGUGGCUGAGCGCCUGGCGCUCGGCGGCAGCGAUGACGCGCUGGCCAACGGCACGAAGGCCGACCUGCAGGCCGCCAAACGUCUUGCCAAACGCCUCUACACCCUGGACGGCUUCAGGAAGUCUGAUGUCGCCCGACACCUCAGCAAGAAUAAUGAGUUCAGUCAGAUGGUCGCAGAGGAAUAUCUCAGUAACUUUAACUUCAGCGGUCUGACCAUCGACCAGGCGCUCAGGACGUUUCUGAGACAGUUUGCUCUGAUGGGAGAAACUCAGGAGAGAGAGAGAGUCCUCGCUCACUUCUCCAGGAGAUACAGGCAGUGUAACCCGGAGAGUCUGAACACUGAAGACAGCGUCCACACUCUGACCUGUGCCGUGAUGCUGCUGAACACCGACCUUCAUGGAAAUAACGUGGGGAAGAGGAUGUCCUGCAGUCAGUUCAUCUCCAACCUGGAAGGUCUGAACAAUGGAAAAGACUUCCCCAAAGAUCUGCUGAAGACUCUCUACAGCUCCAUCAAGAACGAGAAGCUUCAGUGGACCAUUGAUGAGGAGGAGCUGAGGAAGUCGAUGUCGGAGCUCGCUGACGUCCGGACGGACUCGGCCUCUCACACCAUGAAACGACUGGGCAGCGGAGGAAACCCGCUGGUGGGCGUCGCCCAGCAGGCCGACGGCGAGCUCUACAAGAGCGGCUUCCUGGUCCGCAAAGUCCACGCUGACCCCGACGGAAAGAGAACACCGCGGGGUAAGAGGGGGUGGAAAUCUUUCUACGCCAUGCUGAAGGGUCUGGUGCUCUACCUGCAGAAGGACGAGUACCGCGCGGAGCGUGAGCUGACGGAAGAGGACGUGAAGAACGCCGUGUCCAUCCAUCACUCUCUGGCCAUGAGAGCAGCCGAUUACAGCAAGAGACCCAACGUGUUCUACCUGAGAACGGCCGACUGGAGGGUCUUCCUGUUCCAGGCUCCGAACGCUGAACAGAUGCAGUCCUGGAUCACGCGCAUCAACGUGGUGGCGGCCAUGUUUUCAGCUCCACCGUUCCCGGCAGCGAUCGGCUCUCAGAAGAGAUUCAGUCGUCCUCUGCUGCCGGGAUCCAACACCAAACUGUCCCAGGAGGAGCAGGUCAAAUCUCACGAGAACCGGUUCAGGGCGGUUUCCUCCGAGCUGGUCGAGCUCACGGCCUCCACCCCGGACAGAAAGGUCAAAGGUCGUGAGUUGGAGGAGCAGAAACUCCGACGGGAGUACCUGGAGUUCGAGAAAACCCGUUACGGUACGUACGCCAUGCUGCUCAGGGCCAAGCUGUCCAGCGGAGACGAGGACCUGACGGCCUUCGAGUCUCGGCUGUUUGACGACGGCGGCCUGCAGAGGGCGCACUCCAGCCCCACGCUGCCUCAGGACGCUGCCAACAAGGAGAAAACCCGUGGGACGAAAACGUCAAAAAGCUUAAAGGGCACGUCCUCCUCGUCCUCCUCGGCCACCAAGACCAGCAGCAGCACCAGGGAGGGAAGCAAGAAGAAGAACGGGAGCAACCAGCGGCCGGAGCUGCAGAGACAAAGCAGCAAGCAGGAGGAGGCGCCGUAAGGUGGCGGGAACCAGGUUCAUCCGGAGCCGGAGCUGGAGCCGGAGCCGGAGCCGGAGCUGGACACAGGCGUGAAGCAUUAAACCUUUUCUGUUAAACCUCAGUCAGAUUCUGAUUGGCUGAGCAGAUUUUCCUCCAGAGCCAAGCUCAGACAUUCAAGGUCGGCAGGAGAGGACACGCUGGACACGGAGGAGGACGAGCGAGCUGCCGGGUUUUACGGGACCGGAAACUUUCAUGGGAAAUGGACGAGGUUUGAAAGUGAAUGUGAACACUGUCACUCAGCUGUCGCUUCACUUCUCCAAACAUCUGGACAGCUGGUGAGUUUCAGAAUAAAAGCUUUGUUUCAGGUCUGGAUCAGGUUCUGUUUGUAGGUUCUGAUUUUUCUCUCUCCGCGCGACAAACACUUACCUCCCGCAUCACCAUCGCUCUGCUUCUCCUAGCAACUGACGGGGGAGCAGGUUGCCAUGCCGACCACAUGUGACAGACAUUGCGUGGGACUGUUGCCGCAGUGACCAAGCAAAGGGGGGAAGUUUGGGAGGAAGGGGAUGAGCAGUCAGGACUCCCCCCGCCUAACACACAGAUAGACUAUACCUCCUCCUCAGCACUUCACUGUGUGCGUGCGUGCGUGCGUCCGUGUGUGCGUGUGUGUGCGUCCGUGCGUGCGUGUGCGUGCGUCCGUGCGUG